GGAUCAUCUGCUUUAUUCUACGCCAUCGCUGGCGGGAGCGCGAACAUCUUGGAGAAGCUGCUCGAUCUCGGGCUUGAUAUGUAUCAGGCCAACCGUGGUUCGCGGAUUGCCCAGUCUUAUGCCGCAGAGCUGGGUAGACUAGAUGCUGUCAAGCUGUUUACCGAGCGGGGCGUCGACGUUAACCUCGCUGAUGGAACAGGCCGGACACCACUAUCUUGGGCUGCUAGCAAGGGGCAUCUCGAGCUGGUGCAGUAUUUUCUGAAGCAGGGUGCGUCGGUGGAAAUCCAGGACUCUGGGUGCUACACUCCCGCGCUGAAUGCGGCCAUGAAUGGAAUGACCUCCGUUGUGAAAGCGUUGCUCGACAAC